AUGGCCGCCUACCUUGAUCUUGCCCGGGAAUACUCCCAGACGGCCCUGGCGCAGCUCCCCGCACCUGCCCAGCAGUGGCUGUCGAACCCGCUCACCCAAAAGGGUCUGACUUUGGUGCUGGCUCUCGGUCUGCUGCGAUCGCUGAAUAUGUCGCUAUCCCAAUGGACCUUGAACAACUGGACCCGGAGCGGCAGCUGGGAUCCCGCGUGUGAGCUCAUUCUCGUCACCGGCGGCUCUAGUGGCAUCGGCAAGCAAGUGAUGCAGGACCUGGCUCGCACUGGCGUGCGUGUCAUUAUUCUUGACAUCACCGAACCCUCAUUCCAACUCCCCGCCAAUGUCUCCUUCUAUCGUGUCGACAUCACCUCCUCGGCCAGCAUCGCCGAGGUCGCGAAAACCAUCCGCAAUGAUCAUGGUGACCCUACGGUGCUGGUCAACAACGCCGGCGUCGGCCACGACGGCACCAUCCUUGAAGAGUCCGAGGCCAAGAUCCGCCAGACCUUCGAGGUCAACACCAUCUCCCACUUCCUCAUGGUCAAGGAGUUCCUGCCGGCCAUGAUCCGCGCCAACCAUGGCCACGUCAUCACCAUUGCUUCUAUGGCCAGUUUCGUUGGCUUGGGCGAGAUGGCCGACUACUGCUGCUCCAAGGCCAGUGCCCUGGCCUUUCAUGAGAGUUUGCGUCAGGAACUGAAGUCCUGGUACAACGCACCGGGUGUGCGGACCAGCAUCAUCCAUCCCAUGUGGGUGCGCACCCCAAUGAUCAAGCUCCUCACCGAUCACGAGGCCCACUUCCGCCAGCCCAUCAUGACUGUUGAGUUUGUGUCGAAUGCCAUCUGCAAGCAGAUCCUCACCCAGAACAGUGGCCAGGUUAUCCUGCCCCCGAGAAUGUCAGGCACCAGCCUGGUGCGAGCGUUGCCAACCUGGAUUCAGGAUAGCGUGCGGGUCAUUGCCUCGGGUUCGCUACGGCGGCUGCGGGACGUGCAGCAGAAGCAGGGGCUGUAA